ACAACAAACCGCAGUGUGUCGGCAAGAGAGAGGCUCAUAACUCCUUGCGGCGCGAAUCUUUGCGCACACGCGGUGUUAACCUUCACGCACUUUAGCUAUGCUUGUACCGUUGGUAUCGAGUUUGUUCAUCGUGUUCACAGCCUGGUUCGUCAUACAACGCAAGAGACGCCUGUCUUUCUUCAGGGACCUUGGGAUUCCAGGACCACCACCCAGCUUUAUUUCUGGAAAUCUUUCAGAACUUAUUCUUAAGGGAUCAGCAGCUGCAUUCAAAGAAUGGCUAGAAAAGUAUGGAGACUUCAUGGGGUUCUACAAUGGUGCCUUUCCGGUUCUUAUCAUCAAGGAUCCCGAGCUAAUCAAGAAAAUACAGAUAAAGGAUUUUGGCAACUUUCAUAGCCGAGGCGUGUCAUCAGGUUUCGCACGGGUACAUCCCAUCAAUAAGCAGAACCUGGUCAACACUCCGGGUGACCGCUGGAAGGAGAUGCGCAGCCUCCUCACGCCUGCCUUCACGACGAGCAACAUGAAGAAGAUGGCAAGCCUAAUGGACGACUGCACCAACGAGUUCCUCGGCGUCCUCAAAUCCCUUCAUUCGCAAAAAAAGGUGUUCGAGGCUCGCGAGCUAUUUCAGAGGCUGACGGCCGAUGUGAUAAUUCGGUCGGCGUUUGGCCUGAAAUCAGAUUUGCAGCAGAAGAGGGAGGCAAGCAAGAGUGCAAGUGAGUCGCUCUUUCGGGACAGCUUGAGGAGUUUCGACCAAUUUCGGUGCGCCUGGACGAGUUUCUUCACUGCCUGCUUUCCCGAGUUUGCUCCUCUGUGGAAGGUGAUCCUUUCAUUCAAGGCACGCUAUAGCAAGACGGCCACUGACAACAUCCUCGACGACAUUACUCCCAUUCUACAGUUCCGCCGUAAAAACAGAGAGGCGACCAGGAACGACAUCUUACAGCUCAUGCUUAAUGCCGAAGUGGAAGAAGGCGCAGCCGUCAACGUGCACUCGCUGACAAUAGACUACGACGCAGACUCCGCGUCGGAAAAAAACGAGCCAGCGAAGAUUGGCAAGAAUAAAAAGAAACGCUUCCUGACCAACGAGGAAAUCUUGUCGAAUGGCCUCGUUUUCUUUAUAGCAGGCUUUGAGACAACGGGCACAGCAAUGUCUUUCAUGGCCUACCUGCUCGCAAAACACCCGGAUAUCCAAGAUCGGCUCCGCGACGAAGUCGUGGCGGUGCUUGAGAGAGAUGGGUCAUUCACGUAUGAUAACGUUUUUGGUAUAAAAUACUUGGAUCAAGUGAUAUCAGAAUCUCUUCGCUACUAUUCCCCUGUUGUUGGGUUCACGACACGGAGGUGUGCACGCGAUUACGCUCACAACGGUAACACCAUACCGGCUGGAAUCAGCGUACUCAUUCCAAGCUACCACAUGAGCCAUGACCCUACCUUUUGGGAGGAACCGGAAAAAUUUGAUCCUGACAGGUUUAGCACCGAAAACAAAGGACAAGUAGACCCCAUUGUGUACCAACCAUUUGGACAGGGACCACGUAACUGUAUUGGGAUGCGUUUCGCUCAGCUUGAGAUGAAAUUGACCAUGGCCAAGACUCUCGCAAAAUACAAGUUUGUGCUGGAUGAUCGUCAUGUCAAUGAGAAAAGCUUGGAGAUUGGAUCGUCUUUCAUCUUUGCGUACCCUCAGAAUGGAAUUUGGCUCAAGCUUGAAGAACGCCUCUGACCACAUAAUGCGAACGUCUAUUACUGCUACUUAUUCUAGAACGCGUCGGCAAAGUCGAAGCGAAAAGUCGUGUGUCGCAUAGUCCAAAGGAAAUAAAAUAGAAGCUCUUUCUAUGGUAACAUGAAUAAGCGACGAAUGGUGUAGGGCGGAAUAAGAACCACUGCAAAAGAAAGAAGAGCUAAAUUGUUCUUUGACGACAUGCCACCACGUUCUCACAACAAAUCCGACUUGCCAUUUAGGUACGUAUAGCAUAUGUCCACAAUAAUAAAGGUGCCUUUUUCUACGCCA